AGAGCUAGAGAAGUGAAAUAUUAAGAGAAGAGGUUUUUACAAUAUGGUGAAGCUAACAAUGGUUGGAAGGGUUAGAGAUGGAUUGCCAAUUGCACAAGGAAUUAGGUAUGUUAAUGAAGAGAAUGAUGAUGUUUUUGGGUACAAAAAGCAAGCUGAAUUCAUACUCAAAGAGAUCUCUAGAGGGACUUUAUCACCUCCAAAAAUGGUCAUUCUAAUGCAUCAUCACUCUUUCAUUUACUUGGUGGAGAAUGGUGUAUGCUAUAUGACAUUGUGCGAUUCUUCAUACCCAAGAAAGCUGGCUCUCCAUUACUUACAAGAUUUGCAAAAAGAGUUUGGGAAGUUUGAUGAUGCUCUAAUAAAUAAGCUUAUCAAACCCUAUAGUUUUCUCAAAUUUGAUAGUAUUAUUAGCAAUGUUAGAAAACAAUACAUUGAUACAAGAACACAAGUCAAUUUAUGCAAGCUCAAUGCAAAUCGUCGUCAACCUGACCCAGAUAUCCUCAGUUGUUCGUUUUCUGAAAUUUUAGAGAGAAGGAGAAAAUUAGAUAUAGAGGAAAGAUCAAGGUGUAAUACGAAUUCUCAAGGUACUUCCUCCUCCAUUUGGGGGUCUCCCUAUCUCGAGGAAAUUGGUCUCAAAUGGACGCCAAUGGUGGUAACCUUUGGCGUUGUGCUUAUCGUUCUAUGGGCUUCCUUUCUUCUAUUCGACAUCUCAUUAUCUCAUCAUAAUCAAUUUGUAAUUUUAUAUAACAACAGAAAAUUGUUUCCCUAAUUUUAAUUAAUAUUUCUUUUCUUCACAUAUAUCACUUUCUUUAUAUGAAAAAUUUAUAAUUAUAGUAUCUGUGUUUAUUCUACAUCAUUUUGAAAUACAAUUAGAUUGAUCAGUCUUAACUUUACAAAUUAGAUUGUAUUUGUUGGUUAUAAAAUUUAUUGUAGGAUCCAUACUUCAUUACAAUUAUAGAAUACAUAAAUAAAUGCCAAUAAUAAGCAUAAUUAAAUGGAUAUUUCAAAUUAUCAUUUAUGAAUUACAUUU